AUGAGUAUCCCGAGUCACAACAAGAGCUACAAUGGCAACAUUUUCACCCCUAGUAGCUACAUGAACUCGGCAAAUGCGAAUUCAGGGAUUCCAAUAUCAACCAGUGCAACCCACCCGGGACUACAAUACUUGCAAGCGUAUCAGUCCCAACCGCAACAACAACAACCACCUUUGCUACAUCCACAACAAACGACUCAAGAUUACUACACUACGAGCUCUUCAUCGAAUAAUACACUUUCCUCGGGGUCGGCGUCCUCAACUGCACCAACUUCAAUUGCUGAUAUGCCGUUGCCUGGGCAACAACAGCUGCAACAAAAUCAACAACGAUUUAAUCAAACUACAACCAAAACAAUUAUACCGCAAAUGAUUUCUGGAACUGGAGCCUCGUCGAACCCUCCAAUGCCCCUUGAUCCAAAUAUCACCACUAAAUUCACCAACAAUGACAUACAAAUAUUACGUCAGUUGCUUAUUGCCGGUGAAAAGUACAAAUGGAAGCAAAUUACUAAAGAAAUCAAUUCAUCUACAAAUCAUACGCAGCAUGUCAUGGCAGCCAUUAGUAAAAAUCAACAGCAUUUGCAACAAUUUCAACAUCUACGACAAAAUUCCAUGACAUCGCACAACUAUCAACAUCAGCAGCUCCAACACCAGCAUAUGCAACAACAGCAACAACAGCAACAAACGCAUCAACACCACCUCCAACAACAGCAGAUGCAUCAACAGCAAUUGCUGUAUGGCUUCCAGCAACCAUCUCAUUUACAAAAUAACAAUAUCAUGCACAAAUCAACGUCUUUGAACCUGCCCUAUAUGUCGAACUCAAUGCCAACAACAACAAUACCACCACACAGGACGCAAAAUAACAUCCCACAUCAUGCUAUGUCAACAUCGAUAUCAUCCCAUUCCAACUCCAAUUCACAUUCGCAGCCAGCUGCUGCAACAACUUCCUCGGCAACCCACGCGCCUCCAAAUCCAGUACCUUUGAAGAAUGUAAGUCCCACUUUUGUAAUGAAGCAGUAUCAGCAAUUGCUUGGAUUGCCUAAUAAUCUGGUGUAUUUUGGUACCUUGGGCUCGAGUUUGCCUUAUGUUAUUGCUGCUAAUGGAUGGAAUGAUAUUGAUCAAGAAGCUUAUAACUAUCCGUUCAAUAUGGAUGAAGAGGAGUGA